AAUGACUAACCAGUUGUAAAACAAAAUGAAAAAAUAAGAAAAUCUUCUGGGAUUGUAAGUGAAUAAUUACCUCGAUCUACGUUAAAAGAUCAGUUUGCUGUAUUUUAAACUAAAGAAAGCCUGGAAAAUGUAUACGAGUGUAUUAAUACUGUGUGCGGCAAUAUCACCGAGUAUAAUACAAGUAGCCGUUGCAGGUUGCUGCCCAGAUGGAUGGAUAACACACAAAUCCCGGUGUUACUAUGUUGGUUAUGAAACAAAGCUGACGUUUUCCGAGGCAAUGGUUUAUUGCUAUAACCAGGCUGCGCAACUCGUACGAUUUGAAUCUUAUGGAGAGUAUUCAUUUUUGAGAAAUUUGCUGAAGAAAACACAAGCAUCAAGUGCUUGGAUAGGGUUAUCUGACCGGAAACAUGAAGGCAUCUGGCAAUGGGUUGGUUCAAAUGGACAUGCGACAUUUUCAGACUGGGGACCAGGCGAACCGAAUAACCUUAGAAAUAACGAAGACUGCGUAGGAUUUUUUGCAGAAGAAGACUACAAGUGGAAUGAUUUUCCUUGCACAAAUAAGUUGAAACCCGUUUGCGAGAAGUCAUCUUAAUACGAUAGGUGCAUAUGAAGAAACGUUAAGACAGUUAUGAAACAAGAAAGACAUUCCAACAGCUUGUUAUUUCGAAAUGUAAAAUAGUUGUUUUCUAUUAAUACCUUAUAAGAACGUCUUCGAGCUAAGGAGAAAAUAAAUUCUCUUCUAUAUACUCCUAAAAUAAUAUUAAUAAUACAGCUACGCCAAUACAAAUACUUUAAAAUAUCGCGCAUCCGUUGCCAAAAAAUUGAAACAACAAUUAAGUUGAUAUUGCAUCCAAUUAAUUUUCAAAAUGAGUAUCGCAAUCAAGACAAUUAUAUAAUUGAUUAUUAUGUCAUUUUGAACUGUUACAAGAUAAGGAAAUAAUACAACAGUAUUCACGUUGUUAACACUCUCUUAUAUACCAAAUACUUUACUUGAAAUUGAAACAGAUGUAAGCGGGUGUGAUAUUAGCUGGUUCGUUUAAAACUAUAUUUAAAUUAAUGUAAUAACAAUUAUGUUGAUAUUCUUUUCCAAUGUAUCACUGAAGAACACUUCCAAUUAAAAGUUAUCUGAAACAAAUGAAGAAGCCCAGGUGCCCCAACAUCACAUUCAUGAGGCAUUUUGUCGCUCUAUAUUAUUGAUAUUGAAAUUUUGAAAAUAAAGAGCGCUUACUACUCUACAAUAGGGAGAAUAUAUCGUCCUUUAUAAUAUUGUUGUUUUUUUUCAGUUAAUUAUCGAAAUAUUAGUGUGUAAUGUAUAUGGUAUUUUCACAGUGAAAACAAUCAAAUAUAUUUUUCACUGGUGGAAACUAUAUAAUGACAUAAUUUAAUCAAAACACGAAAUAAAAAUAAAGCUGUCACUGUAUAUUAUGAUGUUUAUAUUGUAAGCAUAGUUGUGGAUGGGCCGGAGGCCUUAAGUACAAUAAAUAAUUGAAUUGAA